CAGUUCAAUGUUGUCAAGAAAUACAAAUAUGGUGGAAGUUGACAAAUUUUUGGCGCACGCUUUGGGAUUUUUGCAUAUAUCACUUUUAUAAGAUCAAUUUGUGAAUUUUAGAUACCAAUUUACACAUUAAAAUUCAAAAAUGGCGAUGGAAAAACUGUAUUCGAUCCGUGAUACUCACUCUCGGCCCAUCACUGCAAUCGGUUACAAUCCUGCACGAAGGGAGAUUUUGAUAGGCUGCGAAGAUGGUGUUAUUAAGAGCUAUGAAUCUGAAACAGGAAAACUAUGCUCUGUGCAGCAUGAACAUAAAGGCUGGGUGACAGACUUUUUAUACUGGACUUCAGCCAAACUGAUGUUGUCUGCUGCUAACGAUGGAGACAUUGUAGCAUGGUCAUCUGGUGGAGGGGUUUUUGAUAUAGUUCCUAUUGGAAUACCAGUAUACUGUAUGGCUAUGAACCCAUGGAAAAAGCAGAUUGUCUGUGGUUUUAAUGGUGCUAUAAGAAUCUAUGGCUUAGAUGAAACCAGUCUUUUUCAAGUAUUUGGUAAAGAGAUGGGUCACAUCAUAGAUUUACAUCCUGUCAAUAUUUUUGAACUUCAUGAUGAUAUAGUAAGAAGUAUAAUUUGGCAGGAUUCCAAAAUAUAUUCUGCAGGUUAUGACGGUAAAUUAAUAAAGUAUGAUAUAUCAGCUGUGAGGAGUGAAGAUGGAAAGAAUCCAAAAGUAAAUCACCAUGCUCAUGAUGCUGGGAUAUCUUGUCUACUGAUGGCAAAAGACAACGAGAAUAACACAUGGGUAAUCACUGGAUCAUUUGACAAAACAGCAAAGAUCUGGACGGUCGAUUUAGACUUGGUACAUCGACUGGACAACUUCAUGGCAACAGUGUCAGGAAUAUGUUAUGUACCUAGGAACAAAACACUGUGGGUGGCUGGUGGCACAUCAUAUGCCACAUUAUUUGACCCAAAGUCAGGAGAUAAAGUUUCAGAAUUUAUUGGGACAUUUCAAAAAGAGGAGGAAGAAAAAUAUUCUUUACAAGUUUUAAAGUAUUUUAAUGAAUUGAAUGAAGUUGUGGCUUGUACAAGCAGACGGCAUCUGAUAGUAUGGAAGUAUAACACAUCUGGUUGUAUAACUGCAUUAAAGUGUAAAUCUCCACUAGAAAGUUUAUGUUAUACUAAGAAGGUGCCGAUAUUGAUAUUUAGUGGAGACCAUGAGGGUGUAAUAAUGAAAUGGGAGAGAAUGCAAUCUAAUCAUUUUAUGUACAGUAAUGAACCUUACCAAAUAAGUGAUACACAGCUUAAAAAGAAAAAGAAGGCAGGCAGUAAAGCCAGAGAGUUGAUUUUAGAACAACAGCUAUCUCAAACGUCUUCACUGAAACCAUUGGACCCAAUCAAAGUAGAUGCUGCCAAAGUCAACUUUAAAAAUGUACAAAGUCACUAUGCUUAUAACAAACCAAAUCUUCAACAUACAUCAACCCAAGAUGACCAGAAAAUUACCAUAAUGAAAGUUGUCUUUGUUGAAUAUUUAGAUUAUAUUAUAGCUGCUUCAGAGGAUAGCAAUAUUUACAUUUGGGGAUUCGAUGAUGAUGCUGUUAAAGCUUUAAAGGAUAUGAAACCGGAAGAUUUGGAUAAACUAAUUGAAAAGUACAGUAUAUUGUUGGAUCCUGACUCAGAACUACUGCCAAAGAACAGAAAAUUCAAUGACAAUGAUUCUGUGACCAAUCGAGUGGCAGGAUUUAUAUGUAAAUCUGUAUUUGCUGAACACACUAGUUGUGUAACCAGUUUAGUGGUUGUUGGGAGAGAACAGGGACUGGACUCCACCUAUCUGCUAAGUGGUGGAUGGGACAGCAGAAUAUGUAUAUGGGAUUUAGAAAAAGGAAGGCUUCAUGACACCUUUAGAAACACAGCACCUGAUCCAAAGUUAGAUAAUGCAGAACUAGCUUGUGAUGGUGUUAUUAUGGAAAUGGAUUUCUCUCCUAAAUAUAAUGAAUUUGCAUAUUCAUCAUCAGACGGUAUGGUUUAUAUCAGAAAGUUUUCAUUGGAUGGUUCAAAGAUGACCUUACAGAAUACACUGCAAGGUCAUGAAGGAGAAAUAACAUGUGUUCGAUGGAAUCCUCAUGGCAAAGGAUUCUGGGUAACUGGGUCAGAUGAUGCUACAAUCAGGAUUUGGGCUGGCCAUGGUUUAAAUAAAUGUGAGGCAAUAUUGUCAGCACAAGGUGCUGUUAGUUGUAUGUGUAUAGAUCAAGUCAAUGGAUGCAUAAUAGUUGGUGUUCAAAAUUUUAUCAGGGUAUAUGAUCCAGAGAAUUAUAGACUUGUCCAGACCAAUGAAGGUCAUACAGAUUCAGUGAGAACAAUCAUGCACAUAACAGAAAGAAAUCAGUAUGUGUCAUGUUCUUGGGACAAAACAAUUCGUGUUUGGAAUGCAUACAGGAAACCAAGAAGGAAACACAGGCCAAGUAAAAAUGGUAGUAAAAGUUCUAAGGACACUAUAAGUGACAGUAGAAAAUCAUCUACUGGGUCUGAGAAAAAAGUGGGAUUUGUUGACAGUGAAAAAGACACUGAGAAAAAGGAGGGUGAGGAGGAUGAAAGUCAAUCAAAACAAAAUGGAGAGGUUGACGGAGAUUAUUUUGAGGAACAAGAACAAUUAGAUGUUCUGUCGGAAUGAGGCAAUAGAUGUACGAGAAUAUUAAAUUAUUAGUCAAAUAUUAUUGAGAGUAAUAUUUUUGAAUUCUUAAGCACUGUGGUAAAUUCAUUAAACUUUCCCCAUGAUAUGAAUAAUUUAAAAUAAUGAAAUAGAAGUUACAAAUUGAUUUAAAUGCUGAUUUUUUUUUCAGUGUUAUAUUUCUUAUCAACACAGUUUCUUUUUGCUUUAUCUAAAAGUUUUAAAAAUUGUCCAUAAAAGCGAAAACAUUUAUAUACUUACAUAUCAUAAAGUCAGUCAUGAAAACCUAUUACUUAUGUUUCUUUUAUUAGAAAAAUGAAACAAUAAAAUAUUAAGACAAAUUUGGGGGUUUCUGUUUACUCUAGGGCACCCUGUACAUAAGAAUUAGGACAGGGUUUAUUUUGGGUAAGAAUUAUGAUUAAAGGUUGGGUUAGUUCAGUAUAAAACUAUAUGGGCUGGGUCCCCUAAUGUAAAUAACUAUAAAAGGGCUAUAUAUUGAUGAAAGAUAAAAGAAAAGAAAAAGAAUGCAUUUGAGGCAUGCAUUUUGAACUAGUCAUACUGAAUAGAUUUCUGAAUCAUAAAUCACACUUUGUUGAAAAUUCACAUAAACUUGUAACUAUGGUAAGAAAAUGCAGGUCAUUUAUCAUUCUGUAAUGCUAUCACUAUUAAUAUAAUAAUUUUUGUAAGUAACUGUGAUAUUUCAGUACUAUUUUUAUUACUGUGGAUUCAUUGUUGGGAAUCUCAUUGGGGGGUUCCAAUCCCGGAUCCCGCUUACUGUUUUUUUCAGAUUCCUGUAUCCUGCUUACACUAUGUACAUAAGCAAUUCUCAUUUUUUUUGUCAUUUCCUGGGUCCUGCUAGACCUCAUUUCCCGUUUUCAUGACACAAUAAUUUGACUUUCAUGUGUCACCCUUACAAAAAAUCAGGAAUCCUGCAUCAAGCUUAGACCCCAAUGAAAUCCACAUUGUUAUUCUUUGGAUACCAAUUUUCAUGGAUUUCAUGGGAGCCACAAAUUCCAAUUUACAAAAUAUUACACAUUAUCUGUUAAAAUAUAUGCAGACUUUGACAAAACCAAAAAAUCAAAUAUCCACAAAAAUGCAAGUUUUCCUUAAUCUGAACUUUUAGCCUAGUUUCAACUUUGUCAUGACAACAUAUCACAUCUUGUUGGACUUGAGUUUGCACAAUACAUUGCAUUUAUUGGUACAAAUAAUGGUGCUCCAUACGAUAGCUUUACAUGUAGAUUAGAAUUUUAUAGCAUUUAUGAAUCAUUAUUUUUGGAACCACUGGGCUUUUCUAGUGGGAAAAAUUGUUAUUGUCUUUAACUAUAACUUUCUCCAAUAGCUUUAAAAGAUAAAUUAUAUGAAAUGAUUGUAUUCCAAAUAUUUAUAUACAAACUUUUAUUUUAUUGAGUAGUUAACUAUGUUAAAAAUAUGCAUGUUAUUUUGUUUUUGAUUGAAUAGCUUAUCAUGUGUGGUAAAUCUCAAAUGUUAAAGUUGAUUUAUAGAACACACGUUUUACUGUUGAAAAAGAAAAAAAAUAUGAUGUGUAUUCAUAUGAAUUUACAAAGAAAUAACCAGUAUAUCAAUUAAAUACUAAGUUUAUAUUGUUUAUCUUGAUGGUUGCUUGAAGUUUUAUGUAAUAUUUUCAAUAGAGGAUGGCAUUAUAUUUUAAAGUGUGAUCUGGCCACUUCAAGGAAAGAAAAAUAAAUUUAUUUUUAAUUGUGUCUGUUUAAAAGAACUAUUUAAACUAUUGCUAUUUGUAAUCAGUUUUAGUGAAUUUUUCCCAAAAAUUGCUAAAGAUAAAAUUUUGCACCUGUGGCGCUAAACCAUUUUGUUUUGGUAAAACAUUCUGAUUUUUGUAAAAAAAAUAAAAACUAUAAAAUUGAAAAUGGUGUGGUUCAGAAGCUUUUUCUUUUUCAUAUUCACAAAUUAUAAGCUGUUUCAAAAAUUUAGAUUGACACUACUGCACAGUUUUACAUUGUUCCUCAUUAAAAGUACAAAAUGUUUUUUUCUAUAAUUAGUGCUAAAUUAAAAGUAUUAAACUUUAUGGUUUUAUUGUCAUUGAUUUUGAACUGAUUAUCGAAGACUUUUUGAUCUUUGUUAUAUGGCAUUACUUAUGACGAUGCAUUUCAGGGGAAUUAAUAGGGUAAAUUGUAUUAAGCGUAGAAAAAUAGUUACAUGUACUGUUCAAAAAUAUAUACAUAUCUAUUAAGCUUUUAUAGAGAUGUGCAAUGAAAGCCAUGAUCCAUUACUGUGGAUUCGUUAUUAUUAUGGGGAUCUAGUUUUUGUGGAUUUUGUUGUGAAGGAAAACUACAUUUUUUUAUGUUCAACAAAGUUUCAGUCUUUUAGGGUCUUGUAAUCAAGAUUUUGGUAAAUCCACAAAAUUUCCAUAAACAUACAAUCUUAAGGUGGUACCUAAAACUACAGGGAGAUAACUCUGUUGAAUAAGAAGAAUGUUUAAUGACGUUGUGUUCUUAAGGGAAUAUUUAAGCUUCUCAAUGAUCAAAAUAAGUGUUUGUCAAACUGCUAUAUAACUGGUGUAAUCUUUCUGAUUAAACAGUUGGUUCAAUUUUUUAAAUUUUUUUUUAAUAUUUUUGUCAAAGGGUCAAAGUUAAUACUUUGUCAAAAUUUUAAGAAAAUUAAACGAGCCAAAUUAAUUUUAGUUCAGGUGUUAGGUACCACCUGAAAUAGUACCCAUGAACAUAAAUGAAUCUACAGUAUCAAACCUCCAUUGAACAUCAUACUUUAUCCUGUCUUUAUGAGAUAUGUAUGAGUAAUUGUUAAUAAAGAAGAGAGAUUACUGAAGUCAUUUUACAAUAGCCUUAACAUUUAUUCUUAUUUUCUUUUGACUAAGUAGGAAUUAUUUAACAACAUCAACUAAUGUCCUGGAAUAAUUUUAUUAUUACUAAGUAGGAAUUAUUUAACAACAUAAACUAAUGUCAUGGAUUUUUUUUUCUGCGUGACUCAAUGGUCCUGCAAAUGUCAGCUUUAAAAUUUUAGGAAUGUUGAUUGUUUUUUUUAUGUUGUGCUAUUUGGUUUGAAUUGUUUUUAUGACUUUCUUGAAAUUUGAUGUGUUUUAUGACUGAUUGUGAAGGGUACUUUUAAUUUAAUUUUAAAAUUGACACUACAGAAAAACAUUGAAAGCACGAUGUUCAACAUUCUUCAUCACAUUCUCCAUCAAGUGCAAUUUUUCAUAAAUUUUCCAAUUAGUUUCAUAUUUAUUUUAUCAUUUAUCCGUAGUAUAUAUGUAUAUGUAAUAAGAAGCAAGCUUUGUCAAAGAACAAACAAUACUAAUGAACAGGAAAUGUUUUUAUUGGUAUUUUCUGUCAUUAUAAUUGUUUUUAAUCCUAAAAGGAGAAACUAUUUGUGAAUAAGAACUAUUAUCUGAACAAAACUAUAAAAAGAAAUCACCAUGUGUGCUGUUACUAUUUUUAAUCAACAGUGCUAGUUUUGAAAUUUUUUUUUUUCACUGUGUGUUACCUUCAAUGAAAUCAACAUAGUAAAAGAAAAAGCUUUAAUAAGAUCUGUAUGAAAAAAUAAUCAAAACAUUGUGAGGAAUUAGCACCAAGACUUCCAGAUGUUUACUUUAUGAGAGUUUUUGUUAUUUGUGAAUACUAUUUUUAGGAGCAUUGCUGUGAUCCUUAUUGUUCUGUUAUUAUAUUUCGUAAUAUUUUCAUAUUUUUCUAUAUGUUGUUUUAUAAAAAUUUAAUAUUAAAAUAUUUAGAUAAUA